GCGGAGGGAGCGCCCGGGAGCCACCCGGGCCGGGGCCGGGCCGGGGCCGCGCCGGCUCCGCACCAUGAUACACUUUAUACUGCUGUUCAGUCGGCAGGGGAAGUUAAGGCUUCAGAAAUGGUACACGACGCUACCUGAUAAAGAGAAGAAAAAGAUCAUUCGAGAAAUUGUGCAGAUUAUUUUGUCUCGCAAUCAAAAAACAAGUAGUUUUGUUGACUGGAAAGACCUCAAGCUUGUUUACAAAAGGUAUGCCAGUUUGUAUUUCUGCUGUGCAAUAGAGGACCAGGAUAAUGAGCUCCUGACACUAGAGGUCGUUCAUCGAUAUGUAGAGCUGCUGGACAAAUACUUCGGAAACGUGUGUGAGCUGGAUAUUAUCUUUAAUUUUGAGAAAGCUUAUUUUAUUCUUGAUGAGUUUAUAAUUGGUGGAGAAGUACAGGAAACUUCAAAGAAGACUGCAGUGAAAGCCAUAGAAGACUCUGACAUGCUGCAGGAGACAGUGGAAGAAUACAUGAACAAGCCUGCAUUUUAAUGUUAAACUACCUGGAGAGAAAACUGCUGUGUGCACCUCUACAAUGCACUUGCUGAAAUUGCUUCCCGAAGUGCCAGAUUUUUUAGAGAAAUACCAAAAACCAGUAACGGAAGGGGUUUGUUUGUAUAAUGGUGAAGAUGAAGGUCAGCUAAUGUAGCAAAGGGUUUAACAGUUCUGUACUUUGCAUUACUCUGCAUAUGAGUUUCUCAGAGUUGUUAUUACCCUGGAUAUAGUUUUCUCUUCUUGCUGGACUGAACUCUUGUUUUUUACCAUGCCUUUUAGCUACAGAUUUUGUCAUCAUAAAAUGCUACUCUGACAGUACUUUGAAGAGAUGUUUUUAAUAGUUUUGGUUCACUGCUGACUGUAUGACUCUACUUUUGUACAAAUGUCCAUUAUUUUGAAUGUAAUGAUUAUUCUGCUCUAAUAAUAAUAAUUUCUUUUUCUAAAAGCCAAA